AUGGUUUCUCAUAAGUCAGUAUGCUACUAUGUGAUGAACAAUGGUUGCGUGGAGGAGCAAAAUGCCUUCUUCGAGCGGCCCGACGAGGCUAUGAAGAGUCAUCUUAAGCCUCUCUCUAUUACUAAGAAGGUCGAAGAUAUCCCAAUUAAUAAAAUUCUAAUGGACUGCGGAGCAACGGUGAAUCUGAUACUGCACCAUAUGCUGAGAAAAAUUGGCAAGUACGACACAGAUGCCAAACCCCACGAUAUGGUGCUUUCCAAUUAUAAAGGAAAGGUGGGUUCCACCCUAGGUGUAAUCCAGGUCGAGUUAACUGUAGGAACGGUGAGCAAAUCCAUAAUUUUUAUGAUUGUGGAGACAAAGGUCAACUACAAUUUGUUACUUGGAAGAGAAUGGAUACAUGGGGUCGGGGUUGUACCAUCAUCGGAUCAUCAUAUGGCAUCUUGA